GUCAUCGUUCAAUUACUCGGACUUUGUGACGUCAUCCAGCGCCGCUAACGUCACGAGCGGUCUGGACAACGUCACGGAGAGCAAGAGUUACGUCAUGCGUGACGCGGACAAGCACAGGGUCAUCAUCAUCGCUGUCAUCAUGGCAUUCACGCUGAUCGGGAACAUGACCUUGAUACUGGUGCUCCUCUGCAAGAGGUCAAGACGCAUCAAGAGGGUCAAUAUCUUGUUGAUGAACCUGGCCAUCGGGGACCUGGCCGUGGCCCUGUUCGUCAACUCCACGGAGAUUUUUUUCAUCGCGUUCGGCGACUGGGCGCUCGGGCCUCUGAUGUGCAAAAUCAGUGUUUACGUUCAGAUGAUUUGCCUGAGCUCUACAACCAAUUUGUUGACAUCGAUGAGCAUCGAUCGAUAUCAGGUGAUCGUCAAGCCCAUGCAGUCUCUGGCCAAACGUCCGCGGAUCUGGCUGAAGAUAGCCAUCUCCUGGAUACUGAGCCUCAUCUUCCCCAUCCCCCAGCUCUUCAUCUUCGUCCAGUACAACGACGGCGUCAAGUUCGACGGCAGCCCGCGCCGUAUCUGUGGGAGCAACGGCUACACCGCCCCGUGGCAGCGUAAAGUCUACUUCACCUUCACCACCGUGUACAUCCUGGUCGUGCCGAUGGUCAUCAUGCUGUACUGCUACGUCAAGAUCAUCCGCGUCGUCUGGGUGCGGGCCAAGAACGAGUCCCGACGCGACGAUAUGAACCCGGGCUCGCCCAGGAUGAGCGUCAGGAGGAGUCUGGUCACGGCGUCGAAACGACGCGCGCUGAUUAUGACGCUAAGCGUGGUGAUGAGUUUCCUGAUCUGCCACACGCCUUAUUUCUUCAUCAAUUUAGUCCGGAUAUACAGCGACUACCAAGUGAAAUUAGACACGAUCAAAGUGCUCGAGAAGUUUUUGGUCAUGGUGCACAGCACGCUCAACCCUAUCCUGUACGGCCUUUUCACCCUACGCCAGUACCACCUCAAGUACCUCAUCGCCUUCGUCACCUGCACCAAGCGGCCAGCGACCUCCACUGGAACCAAACACAGACAGUACUCAGACGAGAGGCACCAGCUUCUUGACCGCGUGAGGUCAAGGCUGAUACGCCACACCAGCAGCGCCCCCGGCACCAACAACACCAGCAAGCGGAACAUCAACCGGGAACCAACACACUCUCAGGCCCCGUCUAUGGUUUCACCUGCCGACGUCACCGUCGUGUCGGCACCGUCGCCGCAACAACAGGGAUCAUCUUCAACGUUUUCUAUUUUAAACAAAUUCCGUUUUAGCCCGCUUCCUUCGCUACACAAAAAACCAAAAGCUAACCGUAAAGGAAAACUGAACAAAAACACUCUGCUCUUCGCCAACGAAGACGCCAUACAUUUAAAAGAGCAGCACCGCACUAAAUCAGAAGAGACGGAACCUUCAGAGGUGGAUUCUGUCACCUCACCUUUGUCGCAGAAGGAGUUCUCAUCCGGGUCGUUGAUAGCCAACAUCCACAUCAUCAAAACCAACGGCACCCCGCCGUCUGCGGCUCCAGGCGCCGCCAGGGUUGGAGCCAGGAGAGACAGCGGGCCGGAGAUAGCGCUGCUGGGAUCCAGGUUUUCUGGCGGGGAGUGUGACGUCACACAGCGGCACAAACCCGUACCGUGGACGCCGCGGGAUGACGAGUUUAUCAUUGGGGGAUUAACGAGAGUUUGACGAGA